AUGAUUCCUUGUCCACCGCUUUGCCUUCUCCUUCAUAGGCUUGGCUUUCCCAAUGCCUUUGCACCGGCCUUUAUUGGAUGUACCACGUCUUCGCGCUUCGUGCAUGGUUUUGGUCACCCCGAGCAGCAGUGCCCUUUCGCUGCCUUGGGACUCAAGCCCGGCGCUUCAGCUGAGCAACUUCGAACACGAUAUAUUGAACUUGCCAAGAGGGUGCAUCCGGAUGCGGCUGGGCCUAAGUCUGCCUUCGAUGCAAGCGUAUUCAUUGAGCUGAGGAGAAACUAUGAAAAGGCCCUGCAGCUGCAGCAAAGUGCACGACAUUGCGGUAAAAAGCAGAAUGGUACUUUUAACCCAGAUUACGAAAGCAGUGGAGGACAGAAGCCCCCAGAACAGAAGCGCAAUGCUUCAAAGGCUGGAAGCCAGGAAUGGAAAAAAGAUCAGGUGGCCCGCCAAGAAUUCUGGGCUAAAUUGAAUGCGCAGGGCACUGCCCGGCGGAAUGGCGUAGCAUAUUCCAUGGCCAUAGAGGAUCUUUUCAUGCGACGCCUUCAUGCGGAAGCUAGCCAAAAGAAACAGCAGAUCAAAACUUUUAACAAUUCAGCAGCAUUGGAAAGAGCUUGCGACGCCGCUGUUCAUGCAGCUGAGGAGGAAGAGAUUGCCUCGGAAUUUCGCGCAUUUGGCCUGGGCGACUUUGGGAAAUACCGCAACUCCACUCAAGGUUUUGGCCGAUACAAAUCAAAGACCCUUAAGGAGCGCGUAUGGAGCGUUAGAACAGUCCGCAGAUCCCUGUGGAUAACUGGGUGUACUCUAGCAGUAGCAGUCGGCGUGGCACUUAGUGUCCUAGCCAAGGUGCUACUGCGCCCUCCCGAGCCAAACGAUGCAAAGCGAGGAUAUCCGUGCAUCUGA